GAGAUAAAUCCGGUCGUUCUAAGUAUAUUUAUAACGACUAAAUUCUUUUCCAGUCAUUAAAGAUAAUUUUUAGUUCAAUAUCAACGAGGGGGCAAUAUCCAGUCCUUAAAAAACAUAAUAUCCGGUCGUUCCCCAAAUAAAAUAAGGUGCUAAUUUUUCCUACCUUUUUUUUUCCCAGCCCCACGCUCCCCCUCAUCUGCUUUCCCACCAUUUUUCCUCAACCCCACUCCCCUUCAUACGCAACAAUCACCCCUCAAAAGAAAAAAAACUGCUUCUUAAUUUAUAAUGCUUAGAUAUGCAUUAAUUACUUAUUUUUCUGUAUGCAAUUUUUUUAGAGGAGACUCACACCAACUUAAUCAGCUAGAAAGAAGGAUGACUAUCAGAAUCUAAAGAGAUAAUUGAGUAAAACCCCACCAGAAGGAGUUUGCAACGGCUGCUACACAUACGGGUAAUUAUCAAGCGGCUCAAUUUCAGGAAUUCUGCAACAAAUUCUUUGGAUAAACACCAAAUUUUGUGGUGAAACUGAUUCUGAAGAUAGGAUUGAAAGUUUGGUACAACUUACUGAAAAGAUCUGGCUUUCGAGAAAGAAGCUUAUCUCAACAAUUUACAAUUUCCUUCUCCUUCACAUCAAGAUUAUGGCACCAAAUAAGCAAUGGAUGGAACUUAUUAAUGAUCGACUUGCUGGUGCUUACGUAGAUGGGGUGGAAAGUUUUUUAGAUUAUGCUUUUACAAGAUUGGGAGAACCACAAUUGAUAUGUUGUCCCUGCAUCAAAUGUGGUAAUGCAACUUCUAGAACACGUGUUGUGGUCAGGUCACAUUUGAUAGUACAUGGGAUAAUACCGAGUUAUACUCUUUGGUAUCACCAUGGGGAGAGGUCAAGUGAAGCACAACCAAAUUCUGAAUUUAUAUAUGAUAAUGACAUCGAAGAGGGUGAUGGUGAGGAUGAAAUACAUGGGAUUUUGAGAGAUUUGUAUUAUAAUGGAGAUAAUAUGAACAAUAGUGGUGAUGAUUUUGUCGAGGAGGAACCAAAUCUUGAAGCAAAACGAUUUUAUAAGCUACUGGAGGAUUUUGAGCUACCUUUAUAUGAAAGUGCAAAGGUUUCUAAACUUUCUACUUUGGUUAAAUUGCUUCACAUUAAAAGUAUUGGUCAUUGGAGUAAUGAGUCAUUUACGAUGUUAUUAAAGUUUAUGAAAGAAGAUUUAUUGCUUGAUGGAACAAACUUGCCGAAUUCAUAUUACGAGGCAAAGAAGGUUAUUCGAGAUCUUGGUCUUUCUUAUAAGAAGAUUGAUGCGUGUAAGAAUGAUUGCAUGUUAUAUUGGAAGGAUGAUAAUUGUCUUGAAUCUUGCAAAGUUUGUGGGGCAUCCAGAUGGAAGGAGGAUAAACAUAGUGGGGAAACCAAAUUUAAAAGUGGAAAAAAGAUACCAUACAAGAUUUUACGUUAUUUUCCUCUAAAGCCCAGACUUCAAAGAUUAUUUAUGUGUUCAAAGACAUCUCCUCUUAUAUCAUGGCAUCAUGAUAAAAGAGUUGAUGAUGGGAUUAUGAGACACCCAGCUGAUUCAAUGGUAUGGAAAAACUUUGAUGAGCUUCACCCAUCUUUUGCUGCUGAGCCUCGUAAUGUAAGACUUGGGCUUGCUAGUGAUGGAUUUCAACCAUUUGGAAUGUCCAGAACUCCAUACAGCAUUUGGCCCGUGGUACUUAUUCCUUAUAAUUUACCACCUUGGCUUUGCAUGAAGCAAGAGAAUUUUAUUUUAUCAAUGCUUAUACCUGGUCCUGAGAGUCCUGGGGAUGCAAUUGAUGUCUAUCUUGAACCUUUGAUAGAGAAGUUGAAUGAAUUAUGGGAAACUGGAGUGGAGACCUUUGAUGCGUCAACUAAAAAGAAUUUUACAUUACAUGCAUCUUUGUUAUUGUUAUACCCCGCAUUUUCAGAGCCUGAGAGUGACACGUGCUCCCUCAAACAUUGACAAUCACGUUGUCACUACAUAAUUUAAACUCUCGUUGAUAGUAUUAUAUUUCGUAUUUUCACCCGUCGAAUUAUUUGUAAGCUGAGGUGGGGCCCACACGUCAAGAGUUUUUUUAGGAACACGUGACAAGUUAUAUGAAUCAUAUAUGUGAAUUUAAACACAACUCAAGAAGGACCCUUGAGCCAAAUCAAAGCGGAAGCCCUCCAAACAAAAAUUUUUAAGUUACGUUUUUAGGUGAUCUGACUUAGAGGGGCACAAACGGCAUUAUAAGUUUGGAAUUUGGAAAUAUACCAAGAAAUAGAAGUUGUAUAUAAUUGAAUUAGAUUUCCAACCAUAGGUCGUGAGUCCAUAGGUGAUAUCGGGAUAAUGAAAUACGGACGUUUUAAGGCAGAAAGGUCAGUGGGCUAGGCCCAAUCCGGGCCCAAUCGGGUUAGGCCCAUGACCCAUGCCUAUUUAAAUGGGAUUUCAGCCCUUUUCCCCUCAUUUUUCAGACUAUAACACGCAGAAAAUUCUGGAAGGAGAGAGAGAAGAGAGUUUUGGAGAAGAAAAAUCAAUUUUGACCAAAAUCUGAGCCCCGAAUCCCGAAGCCCGUGAAGAGAAAAGUGUUCUACGUUGUGUUGCCUCCAAUUUGAGCUACAAAUCAACCAAAAAGAAGGGGGUGGACAUGGUGGCUGCACACUUGAGACUUACAAGCUUGGAUGAAUAAGCGUAGCUUAUAGGCGGUUGAACAGGUAUGUAAGGCUUACCCUUUCUUUCUUUUGACAUGUCCUAGAGCCAGGUAAGGUAUGAUAUGCAUUUCGGGGUUACUCUAUUCCUUAAUUCUAAACUUGAUUGUGAUUCUUAUUUAUUUUCCGAUAUGAUUGAUAUCUUAAUUGUCAAAUGACAGUACGUGUGAUGAGUCCAUUGAAUUUUGAUAUGUCUGUUUAUGAUUUGUACGCACCUUCUGAUAAGUAUUCAGUAAAUUCGAUAUGGGUAUUCGGAUAUAAGUAUUUUGUUACAAAUAUUCUGAUAUGGGUAUUUUGAUAUAAGUAUUUUGAUAUAAGUAAUCUGAUACGAGCAUUCUCUGUAAGCCUUAAUGUCCCCAACUUCUGUAUAUGAUCUUGGAUAGCUUGAAAAUGCCCAUAGAGGUUUCUGUACUAAAACGCUUGUAACUUUCUGAUACUGAGUCCGAUCGACCCGAAACUUGUUUCAGAGCCUUCAGAUGUCGGUAAGUGUGUAUGUCUCUAUCGGGUCUUGAUUUGUGUGCAUAUGGUUUCUCACGACUCUGCUCGUGCAUGUUUGAGUAUGUCUUUUCACUGCGUCCCGGGCCAGGUUCUGUUAUCGUGCACUUCCUCUGCAUUGUUCACCGCGCCCUUCGGUGGGAGAGCCAGGUUCUCUUAUAUGUAUAUGAUGAUAUGGGGAUGGCGGCCAGGAUGUUAUAUGAUUCUGUUCACCGCGUCUCUCCCUAGAGGGCCGGGUUCUGUUACCGCGUCCCUCGCUAGAGGCCGGGAUCUGUUAUAUGUAUCUGCAUAUGAUGACUUAUGAUUUUGGCAUACAUGAUUUGUGUUCUAAAAGUAAGCAUUUUGAUAUCUCGGACAAGGUACUUACCUUCUGUACUUCUGAUUCUGAUUAUGGUUCUGUCUGUUUUACUUCUGUGCUCCUGACUCCGAUUAUGAUUCGGUUUACUGUACUUCUCGCCUUACAUGGUCAGUACAUAUUCCGUACUGACCCCCUUUCUUCGGGGGCUACAUUUCAUGCCACGCAGGUACACCCAGAUAAGUGGAAGCAAUUGCAGAAGAUGUUCCAGUGAAGUUGGCAAGCUCCGUUUUGUUCCUGGAGUGUUGCCGAGUCAGAGUUUGUAUGAUAUGCUUUCUGGAUUGAUGUUAGAGACUUUGCAGACAGCGUCGUGGGUAUUGGUUGUCAGUCUGUAAGCGGCUCCAUCAGCCGAUAUGUCAUUCUGUGUUAUAGUCCGAAGAAAGUAUGUGUGUAAUAAGAAUCUGUGGGUUCGCUCAGCUCCGGAUAUGGGGUCGGGUGCCCAUCACACCCUAGGGAUAUUAGGGUGUGACAGUUAUGGACCAUUAACGACUUUCCAGCAUAUGCAAAUUUGUCUGGAUGGAGUACAAAAGGAAAAUUGGCUUGCCCAUGUUGCAAUAAAGGAACUGUUUCCACAAGGCUAAAAAAUUGUAAAAAACAGUGUUACAUGGGCCACAGACGCUUUCUUCCUCUUGAUCACAAAUGGAGGAAUGAUAAAGUGUCAUUUGAUGGCACUUGGGUUUGCUAGUUCGUGAUCGUAAUAUGUGCCCGCUGCGAGUACACUCAUGGUUGGACAUCGAAGAACAUAAGCUUGAGCACAUGUGGAAAGUUGUUACUGAAAAAUUUGACAGUGACGACAUGAUUGAUCAUAGAGGUCAUGUUCUGCAACAUAUGAGGAAACUUUGGAAUAAUUGGAGAGGAUCAUUGCACAAGAAAAUGAAAUCGAAGUCAUUGCAUGAGGUUCUAAAAGAUGUGCCGGCAGGAGUAGAAAAGAGUGAUUGACAAUGGUUGGUCAAGGAGCAUUUCUUAUCUGAUAAAUUUAAGGAAGCAAGUACAAGAAACUCAGUCAAUAGGUCUAAGGUAGUUAUGCCUCAUCGUACAGGUAGCAAACCUUAUAGAGAGAUUAAUUACGAAAUGGGAGGCAAAGAUGGUAAUCCACCAAACAUGGCAAUUAUUUUCAAAAGGAAUCACUACAAAACCGCAUGGAUAUUCUGGAGAGUAAAUAUGAACGACUUGAACGUAUAUUGGUUCGUCAGCCUUCAUCACCUCCACUAGAUCAAGAACUUGAAGAUUGAAGAAAUGUGCUCGAACAAAGUGCAGAGCAAGUUGAAGCGCAUUAUGUUUAUUGUUUUAUUAGUAUUGGUGCAGAGACGUCAUUUGUACAUAUGCUACAAUUUCCUUUUCUCAAUUUUUAGGAUUUGAUGGAUUUAUUUUGUUGGACAUAUAUAUGUUUUUCAGUAAUUAAUGUGAUGUUUAGGUUUUUGCGCCUAACAAUGAAAUUUUAUAUGAAUAUCA